AUGAAGAGUCUCUCUAUUGGCGCAGAAGCAACUGUUUACAGAAACAACAACUACAUUGUAAAAAUAAGAACACCAAAGAAAUACAGAAUAAGCGAAAUUGACACUUCUAUACGAAAAAGUAGAACAAAGCUGGAGAAGAUGCUUUUGAAGAGAAUAGAGCACUUAGAUAUUUCUCCAAAGAUACAUGAUAUGAGUGUUCUGCCAGAAAUAUCAGAUAGUACUAUUUGCUUAGACGAAAAAUAUGCUAUAUGCAUGGAACAUCUGGAAGGAGAAACUCUAAAAGAGGCAAUUAUUAAAAACAGUACGGAUGCCAGCUAUAUAAUUAGUCUGCUUUCAGAUGUUUAUAAGUGCAUAGGCCAGCUGCACGGCCAACAAAUAGUGCAUGGAGAUCUAACACCUAAUAAUGUUCUUCUGUGCAGCGGAAAAGUGAAAAUAAUUGAUUUGGGUCUAGGAAAAAUAUCAAAUAAAAUAGAAGACAGCGCAGUUGAUCUUUACGUCUUUGAAAGAACAAUUAUGUCAUUAGCAGGAAUUGUACUGGAGAGCAUGAGUGAAGCAAUUGAAGCGGCUUAUAUAAAUGGAAAUGUGAAAAAAGGAAAGGAGACCCUAGGAAAGCUAAAGGAAGUACGAAGGCGUGGAAGAAAGAGAGAACUUAAUGCAGUUGGUUAG